AUGGCGAUCCGGAAUCUUCCCAACACUGAUAGUGGCGUCUCCCCAGCGCAGCUGGUCGUUGGUGAGCAGCUCCAUAUGCCCGGCGAACUCAAUUUGCCGGCCGACGAUGCGAAUUUGGAUGUUUUUGCAAGAAAACUCAACGACGCCAUCAAGACUCAGGUUUAUCGUCGGCCGGAUUGGCAUUCUACAACGGAGAGAGUCGCCGGGCACGUUCCUUCGCAGCUACGGAGCUGCUCCCACGUUUUCGUCCGUCAAGAGCGAAGCCUGGGGAGCUUGAGGCCGAAGUACUCGGGUCCUUUUCCGGUUGUCAACAGAACGGAGAAGACGGUCACAGUGUCAAGAGAGGGGGAACCGGAAGUAGUCAGCAUGGACCGCGUGCUUCCGGAUUUACAGAAAUGUUAGUGUAGUAUGUAGUUAGAGUGUACACCUCCCUCUUAGAUACAAUAGGUAUCUAGGGGGGAGUGAUGUAGGGUCUAGUCGUAGUCUAGCUUUCUUAGUUUAGAUUAGUUAGCUCUAUUGACAUUGCCCUCACAUCUGUACAUAUCUCACAUCAUACCUUGACCACUUUUCAUUAUGUAAAUACUCACCCAUUUUAUCUCUUGACAUCGCCCAUGUAUAUACUUGACCACAUUGUACAUAUCUUUUAUUCUUGUAUCUUUAGUUCAGCUGUAGCAGGAGUACCGUCUUCUAGUUAUUGUCCGUUCUCUCCUUGCUACAGCUUUAGUUAAACUUGACUGAUGUGUUUACCUCUGCAUGAUUGUAUAAGACGUUGCAUGAUAUUCUUUGAAGUCUUCUGAUCAUCUUGACAAGUCAUCCAAACAGUUAUCUAGCCAUUCCUUACAUACAGAGAUUGACUUGUCAUUAUAUAAUAAGAGGUAUUGUGUUAAAUGGAGUCAGAUGAAUAAAGUUAGUCAAGUUCCUGCCAUACUCACGUUAACUAGUUAUUCGUCGCUUGUCGUUGCUCCGUGCCUGUUCGUCGGUCUGGUGUCGUGCUGCUGCGCUGCUGGAGGUUCCGUGGACGUGAGGACAACCACUACCCUUUACUGGUGACCACCAACUGAGGACUCUGAGGUCGUCGCAAUCAAGGAUCCACAAGGACGCUCGACGAUUCAUCCAUCUCAGGUCUCAGGACGCGCGUUGUUCCUCUACACUCUUUUCUUUCCGUCCAUUCCAGCAUGCCUAAGGUCAGCAUCACCGUCGUUACCGGCCAACAUCACUGUGCAAUCACACGCCUGGCAGAUCUCGUACGUGGGCUUCGAAGGGAAAUCGACUCUGGCAUUUCACCUCGCGUGGCGGCCCUCCGUUUAUCCAGGCUGUCCACCUACAUCGAGGUCGUCGAGGACUCCCUUCAUCAACUGUGCGACGUGAUCGAUCAGUCCGGCUCCGAAAAUGCCCAGGACGUGAUCGAUCAGACCCGGUCCAGUGCCGCCUUGGCCAUAUCAUCUGCUGACGUUGUGCUCCUGGACCUUGAAGCCUUGUCGGAAAGCUCUGUGGACCUGCUCCCUCCGAGACCGGCGGUGCCUCCAAAGGAACGUAUCAAGAUCGACAUUCGGCCUUUCGACCAGAGGGAACCUACCCUCUGGUUUGACCUCUUGGAGGCCCAGUUCCGCGCCGCCGGGAUCGACAGCGAGCAGGGUAAGUUCGCCUAUCUUGUUAAGUUCUUAGACGACUCACAGAGCUACCAAGUCGGGCCGAUCGUCGCCGCCGGGUCCGCUGACAUGUACAGCCAGGCGAAGACUCUUCUCGUUAGACUUUAUUCGCUUUCUCGUCCCCAGCGUAUACAACGAGCCUUUUUUGAAGAGACGCUGGGGAACCACGAGAGGUUGGCGGACUUUUUGGCCCGGAUCUCUCCCCUCUGCGAAGAACUCACGCCGGACGACGUCAAAAAGUUCCUCAUGGCUCGUCAACUUCCAUCUUCCGUCCGGCAGCAGAUGGUGGAGAGAUUCGACGAAGUUUCCUCCGGCCAAUUUCAAGAGUCCGCCGACCGGCUGUUAGCGGACCUGCGCCACCAAGAAGUGCGCAAAACGAUUCGGCCCGACCAAGGUGAUCAUUCUUCGUCAGGAGUCGCAGCCGUCAGCUCCCGCGGUCGUGCUCGUGGAGCUGGAAGCCAGGGGCCGAAGGGUUGCGUUUUCCAUCAGGCCUACGGGGACAAGGCCCGCUCAUGCAAGGGAGGCAAGUGUCCCUUUUGGUCUUCCGAGCUUCAGCGGGUCAAGGUCUCCGAG